UAACAAGAAGAAUUAUAAAGUUCCCGAAGUUUUUAAGAGGAGCGAGAAUGGUGAACAGAAGCGAAGGCCGUAUGGUGGCGUGCGUCCUGCUGGCUGUGACGGCGGUAGUCGCCGCAGCCUCUUACGAUAGGGAGAGGCUGGAGAUUGCCAAGCAGAUCCUCGAGGAAGUGCCGCUUACUGAUGGGCACAACGACCUUCCGUGGAACAUAAGGAAGUUCCUCCGGAACCAGAUCAACGAGUUCGAGCUUGACACAGACCUGACGAUGGUGGAGCCCUGGUCCAUCUCCAAGUACUCUCACACUGACCUGCCGAGGCUGAGGGAGGGAAUGGUCGGAGCUCAGUUCUGGUCAGCUUUCGUGCCGUGCGCUGCUCAGAACAAGGACGCAGUUCAACUGACCCUGGAACAGAUCGACGUCAUCAGACGCCUCGUGGACAAGUACCCUCAGCAAUUGAAGCUGGCUACGUCUGUGACUGACAUUCUGGAGGCCCAUAGCGCGAGGCCCCGCAAGAUCGCGUCUCUCAUCGGCAUCGAGGGGGGGCACUCCCUGGGCAACUCCCUUGGGGUACUCCGCAGCUACUACCAGCUCGGUGUCCGCUACAUGACCCUCACGCACACAUGCAACACACCCUGGGCCGAUUCCUCCAACGAAGCGCCUGUUGCCAACGGACUGACGGAAUUCGGAGAGAAAGUGGUCCGGGAGAUGAACCGUCUCGGCAUGAUAGUGGACCUCUCCCACGUAGGUGAGAAGACCACCAGAGCGGCCAUCAAGCUGUCCAAAGCACCGGUCAUAUUUAGCCACUCCUCCGCCUACAGCCUCUGCCACCAUCAGCGAAAUGUGCCCGAUGAUAUCAUACAUUCCUUGAAGGAGAACGGAGGGCUCAUCAUGGUUAACUUCUUCCCGGAUUUCGUCAAGUGCUCGCCAAACGCUACGCUGUCUGAUGUUGCAGAACAUUUUCACUACAUCAAGAGGCUAAUUGGAGCAGACUACGUGGGGAUUGGUGGGGACUUCGAUGGUGUAAACAGGGUGGCCCGUGGUCUGGAGGAUGUGUCGAAGUACCCGGAGCUUUUCGCGGAACUCCUCAGGAGCGGCCAGUGGAGUGUGCAGGAGCUAAAGAAUCUCGCCGGUCUCAACAUGCUGAGGGUCAUGAGACAAGUUGAAAAGGUCCGUGAUGAAAUGCGCACCAACGGCGUGGAACCAGAGGAGCAUCCGGACUCCCCCACCGACAACGGCAACUGCACCAGCAACGCCUUCUACCUUGAAUAUGUGUAAUAGAAUAAAAAAUCUACCAAAAGCAGUUCGCUCGGGCAACAAAUUCUACCAAUACACAACAUGAUGUGCUAAAGAUACGCGUGCGUUUCUACCGGAGCUGCUUUGCAAGGAAUGUGCUAUUAAAAAAAAUCCACAGCCGAACAUAUAACCUCCUCGUUUUUGGAAGUCGGUUAAAAACAAAUAGAAUUUUUGUAUCUAUAGAAAUGCUCCUUGCAUUCUAUUGGGUCGUAAAAACGUAUCCCUUGUACUUCAGCUUCUGUAGGAAUAUAGCCUGAUAGCCAGCAGUUUUUGGCAAGUAUAUCUGGUUGUAUAAUUUGUAAAUUAUACACCGAUCGAUCAAGCGGACUCGACAUGUAUUUACAAAUAAUUUCGAGUAAUAUACGAAUUUAAUGUAUUCAA